CGCGGCGCUUCUCCCCUUCCUCCCCCGGCCUUCCCAGUGAGGCCGACAGAAACUAGCGCGUCUGCUCUGCAACGGGAACCCGGGGGCCGAGAUCAGCGGCAGUGGGCGGGCGCAGCGCGCUCCAGAGGGAGACAGACCGAGGGGCGGGGGCGGCGCCUGCCGCCUGGCUCGCCGCCCUUCCCCUCGCUGCCCUGCCACUCUGGAUCUGUCCUGCUGCGCGCCGGGUGGCUUUGAUCGCCUCCCCGGCCGCUCCUGUCGAGCAGCCAUGAACCGACUGGGGAAGAAGGCGAACGAGGAGACCCUCAUCGAGAUGGGUCUGGCCAACGACGGAGAAGAAACAAAUGGGCCUUUAUUUGAAAACAUAUCAAGCACAGAUUCAGAACUUCCUGGCAAUUCUGAGGGCCUAAGUACAACUGAGACUACAUUGCUCAUCUCUGACCUUCAAGGGAAGACUGGAAGGAGAUUCAAUCUGUUCCUGAAGCAACGUCUCAGGAUUGACAAGCGACAUCAAAGCAAGGACUCUGUUUUCUUCAGAGAUGGUGUUCGGAGAAUAGACUUCAUACUUGCAUAUGUGGACGAUCCAAAAAUAGAAGGAGAAAAAAAAGUGGAUCGGAGACGAGAAUUUGAGAACAAUCUAGCAAAGGCAGGUCUGGAACUAGAAACGGAAGACAAAAAGGAUUCUGAAAAUGGCAAGACGUACUUUGUGAAGAUCCAUGCACCAUGGGAGGUUCUGAUCACGUAUGCCGAAGUGCUGAACAUCAAAGUGCCCAUCAAGGAAAACGAUAUCCCUUGCCUCACAGAGAACCCCCUGGAGUGUCUGUUUGAGCCCUUUCGGCUGCCAGAGAUCGUGAUGCACCCGGAACCAGACUACUUUACAGCCCCCUUUAGCAAGGAAAGGCAGGAACUCUACCUCAUUGAUGAUGAGAGUACUUUCUUCUCCCCUUCAGUCAGAAACAGAAUUGUUUUCUACAUUUUAACAAGGUGUCCAUAUGGAACAGAAGAAGGGAAAAAGAAGUUUGGGAUUAAAAGGCUGAUAAAUAAUGGCAGCUACUCUGCUGCAUACCCUCUUCAUGAUUGCCAGUACUGGAAGAAGGCAAAUGAUCCGAAAUGUGAAAAUGAAAGGUACACACUGUACAGGGAGUGGGCGAGGUUUCCUCGGUUUUUUAAAGAACAGCCUUUAGAUCUUAUCAGGAAGUAUUAUGGAGAAAGGAUUGGAAUUUAUUUUGCCUGGCUGGGUUUCUACACUGAGAUGCUGUUUUUUGCCGCUCUCAUUGGUUUAAUUUGUUUUUUGUAUGGCGCAUUCACAAUGAAUGAAAAUAUGAGUAGCCAAGAAAUAUGUGACUCAGAUAUUGGGGGAAAUAUUAUUAUGUGCCCAUUAUGUGAUCGAAAAUGUGAUUACUGGAGGCUGAACUCCACUUGUGAGUCUUCACAGUACUCUCAUUUGUUUGACAAUGUGGCAACCCUCUUUUUUGCAAUUUUUAUGGGCAUCUGGGUAACACUUUUCUUGGAGUUCUGGAAGCGGCGGCAAGCUCGACUCGAAUAUGAGUGGGAUUUAGUUGAUUUUGAGGAAGAACAGCAGCAGCUCCAACUACGGCCAGAGUAUGAAGCAAAAUGUACCCAAAAGAGAAAGAAUCCAAUAACACAGGAGUUGGAACCUUAUUUGCCUCUAACUAGCCAGGCUGUACGAUUCUGUAUCUCGGGAACGACGGUGUUGUUCUGGAUCUCUUUGAUCAUAGCAAGUAUGAUAGCCGUGAUAGUUUACCGCCUUGCAGUCUAUGCUGCUUUUGCCAGCAUCAUGGAGAACACGCAAACCCUGCGGCCCAUUCAGAGUUUACUGACGCCACAGCUGGCAACAUCGGUCACUGCAUCAUGCCUGAAUUUCGUCAUCAUUAUGAUACUGAAUUUCUUAUACGAGCGGAUAGCCAUCUGGAUCACAGAUAUGGAAAUUCCAAGAACUCACUUUGAAUAUGAGAACAGGCUCACUAUGAAGAUGUUCCUGUUUCAGUUUGUCAACUAUUACUCUUCAUGCUUCUAUGUGGCUUUCUUCAAAGGGAAAUUUGUAGGAUAUCCUGGCUCUUAUACAUACAUGUUUGGUCGCUGGAGAAAUGAGGAGUGUGAUCCUGCAGGAUGUUUGAUAGAACUGACGACCCAGCUUACCAUUGUCAUGGCCGGCAAACAGAUCUGGGGCAACAUCCAAGAGGCUAUUGUGCCCUGGAUCUGGAAUUGGUGGGGCCGUCGGAAAGCCAGGAGCAAUCCAGAGAAUUUAUACAGUCGAUGGGAGCAGGAUUAUGAUCUGCAGACCUUUGGACCUUUGGGCUUAUUCUAUGAAUACCUAGAAAUGGUUAUUCAGUUUGGAUUCAUUACCCUGUUUGUAGCCUCUUUUCCUUUGGCUCCUCUACUUGCUCUGAUGAACAAUAUCUUGGAGAUUCGUGUUGAUUCAUGGAAGCUUACAACACAGUUCAGAAGGCCCGUCGCAGCCAAAGCUCAUAGCAUAGGAAUUUGGCAAGAAAUCUUGAACUGGAUGGCCGUCUUGUCUGUUGUCACAAAUGCAUUCAUUGUAGCCUUCACAUCUGAUAUGAUUCCUCGUUUGGUUUACUAUUAUGCCUAUUCUGAUAAUCCGAAUUCACCAAUGACUGGAUACAUCAACGACAGCCUCUCCAUAUUCCAAAUCUCAGAUUUUCCUCCGGAAAACCAACCUGACAGAGACCCAGUCAACUUUAGCACAUGCAGGUACAGGGACUAUCGAUAUCCACCAGACCAUGAGAAGAAAUACGCACACACAAUGCAGUUCUGGCAUAUUCUGGCUGCAAAGAUGGCCUUUAUCAUCAUCAUGGAGCAUGUUGUCUUUAUCGUCAAAUUCUUUGUGGCUUGGAUGAUUCCUGAUGUCCCAGCUGAGGUGAAAGCCAAAAUAAAACGAGAGAAGUACUUAACACAAAAAAUCCUACACGAGUAUGAACUCAAUAAACUCAAGCAAAAACUGUGUGAAGGGAGGACUGAUGCCAGCAUGGAGAAAGAGGUCAUAGCCACGGAAGGGAAAGUGGAGUUGUCUGAAGUCAUGUGAUCUGAGAAGAGGCCAGGCUGUCUGCCUGGAAUUCCAGCCUGUGAAGGCAGUUGUUGGCAGUGUGCGAUGAGCCAGCUCCUCCCUGUGCUGUGAAAGUUGUCUGGUAUUUUUAACCAAUUUCCUUCUGGACUUAAAAAAUGUAAUCAAGCAAAUGGUAAGAGAGAGCAUGGAAUGGCUGUCGAGGCAAUCAGUGAGCCCGACCUUUCCGGUUGCAUAUGUUGCUGCUACAUAACUUUGAAAAACCAACUCCGGCUCAUGGUGCCACCAUGUCUCUUGCACUGCAUUUGCAUUGCAAUUAUCUUAAAUGUGUUUGUAAUAAGUAGCCCCUGAGUCCAGCAGUGACUCAAACUGCAGCCUCCAAAAUGUGAUCAAGGUUCCUUAACGAAGUUCAGGCAGUUUCUGUGGAGCACAUAAACUCCUUGUUCCCCAGCCUAGAUUUCAUGUGCACAUAUGUGUCAUUGAGUUGAUAAGGCCAAAAAACUCAUGUGCGGUCCUCCCAUUUGUUGACUAGUGAUGCUGGAGCCAAAAGGGUAUUAGAUACACUAGAAACUGAACUGCCUAUCUACUUAUCAUAUUUAACCUUGGUGAGGCAGAAAGGGCUUACUUUGUACAGCAAGUACAGACAUCUCUUGAGAAGCCUUUACUAAAAGGCACUCUUAACAGACAAAUUAAAAGCAAAUGCUGAUUUUGGCAAAUCAGAUGCCUUGCUUGGUAUUAAAGAAACACUAGUCUGUAAUUCACUACUUGCUUCUAGUGGCACACCAUUUUCUAGUGUUGACUUAAUCAUGGAUUUGCACAUUUGAUACUUGGAACAUUACUUGGAAAAUCUUACACAUAUCAUAAGGGUACAUUUCUGCCAUACAUAACUGUACCUCCAAAUGCAUCUUGAGGUAUUUAGGGUAUUUUGUAUGUCAUUUUUAAGGUGCAAUAAUCCAAUUGUAGACUAGCAGAACAUGAACUGUAGUACUGAAUUUUAUAUUUCACAGUUCAUACUUAACAAAAAUCCAAACCUAGAUAUACAUUUGCAUAAUUUAUUCUUAUGCUAAUCAUUUCCAUCAGGUAAACUUUCUCUAAAGUAAAUGUUACAGAAGGAAAGUUUAUGAAGUUAAAUUGCUUCAGGAUUAUAGACAUGUUUUGCUAUUUUACCUUAGGGUUUGCAAAGAACUGAUUUUAAAAGAUGCAACUGUUUUAUGAAAUAGUGGAAGUGAACGGUGCAGGAUUAUUUAAGAAAUCAAUACAGUAUUGAUUUGAAAGCAUAUUUGGUAAAGGAUGGAAUGUAACCAUUAACUAAAUUGGUUGGUUAGGAUUUUGAGUUCUUGUUCCAAAAAAUGGUUAAAAUAGUUUAUGUAUUCAAAGGCUUUAAAGAAGUAAUGUACAGGGCCAUAAACUGUAAACAAAGCCAUCUGUUGUGUGAAUGCCUUAAUAGCAGAUCAAUUCAUGUUUGUACAGAAUAUACAUUAUUAAUAUAGAAUGAAUAAAACUUUAUGUAUAGCCAUAUAUCUAGGAACUGCCCCCCCAUAAAGAAACUUUGGUGGGUUUUUUAAUAUUGCCAAGAAACAAACCAUUUCCUUUUCUUCCCCUUGAGAAUUCAUCAGAUUUAUAAAGUCUACUUAGCAUAGGCUGUGCAUGCAAACUGAGCUAGAAGCCUUUAACAGGCAAUGCCCUUGUUUUGCUAAAUAAUUUUAAGUAACUACAAGUAUUUUUGAAGUUUUGUCAUAUUUUUAUAGCCAAGACUACUGUAUCCUGCUUAGUGCCUUGUUCAUAUGCAUGGGGAAGAAAACAAUGUGAAAAAGCUAAUAGUGUAAAUUACAUAGCAUAACAUAUCUUGUAAGUGAAUUCACAGGUAUCAUGAAAGUAUCAGCUUUGAUCCUAAAGCGUGGGCAGCAGGAGCUGGUCAAUGCAGAAGCAAGUUUUGCAAACUUCCAAGUUGGGUCUGUGCAAAAAAAUAAAAGAAAAGCAUUUUCUGACUUCCCUCACUCCAAAUGAAGCAUGUUGGAUGUUGCAAUAUUACAUGAUGUUGAAGUACUUGCACUUUGAGAGUUAUGCUUGACUGUUGAGUAUUGAAACAAAAUCCCAGUCUGUGUCUUGCAUGUGAGCCAGAGAAUAUGUUUCUUGAUAUAUUUGUAUGUUUUGGUUCUAUUUCUAAUGACAUAAGAGCAAAUUGUCUCCUCUGAAACACUACUGUAAAAUAUCCCAGUUAAUGAUAUCCAAGUUAAGGACUCUUUUUUCAAAGGAACAAUGUUUGCAUGAUUGGUGGACAUAGCCGGAGCCCUAGGCUUCUGGGUAAGAUGCCUAGAUUAGAUCCACAAUAUCUGUCUCCAAUGGGGAGAAAAUUCUUGUGAAAGCUUAUCAAGAAAACUGUGAGAUAUGACAUCACAUACUGUUCCAGCAGAGAAGUUCAGCGUGAAUAUCUAGGCACCAGAAAUCCUGUUUAUGUAGUUUAGUUUGCCCAACUUUCAAUGAAGUUCACCUAAUUUAAUAGGCAUCAAUGUUUCAGGUCCAAACAUCAAAGAGAAGCUACUCUGCCAGAAGAAACAGAGGUUCCUGCUAAAGCAACCUUUUAGGGGUAUAUGUUCAUUUGACAGUCUGAAAAACUGUCUUGGGUUCCACCACAAAAUUGUUGCCAGAAGAGAUAUGGCAAAGGACAAAUAAUCUACCCAAAGAGAGUGGAGGGUGGAUCUGAGGUAUCAGUUGUGCUGGUGAAACUCAGUUUUACUGUGUUACCAUAUCUAAUUGGCCCUUUCCAUAAAGAGGCAUCUUUAAAAGUUUCAGUACUCUAUAUGUUAUACUACUUAAUAGGAUAAUCCAGCUGCCUUGUGCCUAUAAUAGCAGGUUAUCGGUCACCAUUUGUUGUUCCCCUUUUCUGUGCAGAUAUUGUAAAGGUCCAUGCACAAUACCUGGAGUUAUAUAGCAAGUUUGGGGAGACAUGUGACAGUUGUUGACUAGCUCACACUGAGGACUAAAUUUGACAUCCUUCUCAGAUUUUAAAUCAAAAUCUUUCUGUCAUUUCAAAUGGUCUAACUUACUUUUGCUUACUAUUUGUGUUGAGUUCAGUUUGCUAAAACACCAUCAUAUGAUUGCAGAAGUGCAACACAACUGAGCUUUAAAAGUAUAUACUGUAUGCAUUUAGAAUGCCAAAGAGGUAUAGCAGUCACCAAAAAUAGAUAUGUAGUCAAAACAGAAAGAAAAAGAAAGCUUUAUCAAGCAUCAUUCUGCUGCUACUUUUCAAGGGUUCUUAUGGAUGGUGAAUGUGUACUGUUUAUAUUCUUUUUUUACUUAAUCUAAGAUUUUGCAUUAAACAGGGCAGUAAACGUGUGACUAAAGAUGAUUGACAUCAAAGUUCCAUGUUAACAGGUUUAUUAGUUCUUCUUGAUACAAAACUGCCCUCUGUAUCAAACUCACCUGAUAUCAUAUAUUUUGUUGUUCUGCUUUGGUUUUUUUAGCUUGCUGCACACAUUUUCAGUUGUAUAAAGUCAAUUAAAAUAAAUAGGGAAAUUUGGAGUGGAAGAAUGGGUGCAGCACAAAGGGAACAAAUGUGUCCACUCUGUGUUUUAGUUUCACAAGUCCAACCAAAAAGUAGAUUUUGCAAAAGUGUUUUUAGUUAUCAUGCCCUCCACCCAGGGCCACUUUUGCUAGAGGGAUAAAGGACAUGCUGUUUUUUAAGGAGUGCUAUGCAGGUAACUCGGAGCUGCUGCUACCUGGGGAGCCUAUGGGGCAAGUCCUAGAUACAUGCAGUGAUCUCAGCUUCUGAUGCACACUUCUAAACACACCAUCAGCCAUGCAGCAUUUCCCAUAAUCUCUCUGGUUUUGCAGCCCUAGGCAAGGAACAGAAAGACGAGUCCUUAGGACUUUGCAUUUUUGGAACCUGUAUAGCUGGGGGUUCAUUUGAAGAGCUGCAUUAUACAGGUGUGUACAGGUGUGGGCUUGCACCCUCUCUUCCAUUUUCCUGUGCAAUUCCCUUUUAAGCAAUUAUUUAAAGUUGUUGUAUGGUAGCAUUGAGCAUUUUAUUCAUUUGCUGUAAAUUGUAAACAAAGUCAAUUAUGUCAAUAAAUAUAUGAUAAAUAUGGGUUCCUUUGAAUGGGGUUUAAUCCCAAGCACACUUCACAGAAUUGCAGAUUUUAGUGAUACAUUCUAAGUCCCAGUUAUGCAAAUGUGCGUUCUGUUAACAUUGAGAAGAAAAGUUGCCUAUUGGUGGCCUGGGUGGCAGCAGUGUUGCUCACUUCCUAGCAGUUGUGUACAUAGAUGUGUUAACCAAGCAGUGUUACCAAAUAGGGAUGCUUCAUUCUAGGUUGAAUUAAUCCAUGUUGUUGGAUUUAAGGAGGACCCUUGUGCCUUGCAAUACCCAGCAACUCACUUUUAUCAGGGAAGACCAAGGAAGGGCGUAGAAGAUGCUUAUGUAUCCCCCUUCCUCCUGUCUAAGCAAUGCAAUUUCAGAGGCCCACAAGUGCCUGACACUUCUCUAGCCUUUGUGUUCGUCACAACACCAAGGUGUUGCUUGCCCUUUUAAUCUUUCUGUCGUCUUUCCAUAUCCUCUUUCCCAUAUAUGCCCCCCUCUUCUUCCUACUUGUGUUGGUGGCAGUCAGCUAUUUCUAUAUCAUAUUUGAACAGGACUUGGUGGUUUCCUUCCUUUUAGGACUGAAACAAGGCCAUUUAAAGCAUAAAAGCAGACUUACCUUCUUCUGGUCAUAUAUUCAGGCCUCACUGGGGACUGGAUGCAUUGAUAACAUUUCCCUGAUGCACAUGACAAUCAUAAUUUCAGUGUUUUCUGUGAUUCCUUAAUGACUAGAAAGCUUUUAAAAUAAAAGUUGUGCUUUUAAAAAUCACCUCCAAAUUUUCUUGUGGCUCCAGACUUUGACAUUUCCCCCCCAGUACAUAUAAAGGGAUGUGCAAUGCAAUUCUAUACAUUUGCACUGAGAAGUAAACCUAUUUGUAAAUGGUAUUUACUCUCUUGCAUCUCUACCAUUUCAGCCACCAGCUCCAGUGCAAAGAUUCUUAUGUACAUCAGUGGGCUGUGCACAAAAGGAGCAUAAGAGCAUCAGCCAACAUGUGUCUCCUGAACAAAUAACGCUUUCACUACACUCCUAAACAUGUGAUUGGCAACCUGUCUUGCAUACACUGCCUAUAUAUGUAGUUCCAACCUAAUAACCACAGUUAUGUGGGAUUACUGGUGCUAGAUGCAGAGUCUCUCAGGCAUCAGCUUACUGCUGGAGUGAUAGAUUCAUUGCUAUUUAAAAAUUCUUCAAAUCACCAUAUAUAUUUUAUUUAUUAGUUUUGUACCCCACUUUUUCUUAUAACAAACUCCAAGUCGCUUACAUUGUUUCCCUCCUCCUGUUUUCUAAAUCUUAGCCCCAAAACAACCACCCUGUGCGGUAGGUUGGGCUAAGAGUCUGUGACUGGCCCAAAGUCACCCAAUUGGCUCUGUGGCUGAGCGGGGACUAGAACCCAGAUCAUCUGAGUCCCAGUCCCAUGCUCUUAACCACUACACUGCACUGGCUUUCUGAUUAUAUGUAAUACCUUGAUCUGGAAUUAUGUGGAAUUAAAGGAAUCACAGUUUGUGUGGUACUUCUUUUUCACUGCAAAUAUGUGUAGAUAAUGGGGCAAUAUUGAACAUGUGGAGUGUGAUCAAGGAUUUCUCCCAAAAUUUAUUAUAAAAUGUUAGUCUGCAUUGAACCCAAAGCAUAACAGUACCAUUUUGUAUUGUGCUGAUCAUGAAACUUGCUGAUGGGGUUCUUGGGGAAAAAGAGGCGAAACAUGUUUGUUUGUUCAUUCAAGUCUGUUCAACUUCUGUCAUGUAAAUAUACUGGUCUGUCAGACCGAUGAUCUUCACAUUGGUGUGUGCAAUACACUGAUGCUGGGAUUUUUUUUAAUUUUCAUUGUUUUGGAAGAAAAACAUGUUGAAGUCAACUAACUGAUAAUAUGCUUCAAAAUGUGUCUACAGAUGAAUUGGUGUUUAUUUUUAAAGUGCUUUGUUAAUUGCAAAUGUAUUCAAACCAGUUUUGUGAAAUGCUGACUGUCCAUAAAUUAAAGAUUUUGUUUACAACCA